AUGUCGACGCUCCCAGCGCCUGCAGCUGUCGCCGGGACGCAGACGAUUGCGGGCGUGCCCGUGGAGCUCGGCCAGUCGGUCCACGCGAACACGAAGAAGCAGCUGCAGCGCCAGAUCAACUCGAUCGUCGGCUGGAACGAGCUGGACCGGGCGCCCCUGACUGUGGCCCAGCCGAUGCUCCGUGGGAGCGAGCACCAGGUGGGCGAGCACCCGUACUUUGUCUGUGAAAAGUCCGUGGGGAUCCGGUACUUGGUGCUGCUCGUACAGGGCCGUUGCUACCUCAUUGCGCAGAAUUAUGACUUUCGAGAGGUGACGCUCUUCUGUCCCGUGCGGCCCGACCGACUGCAGCCAGGCGUCGACCGCAAUACGGUCGUCCCGCAUCAAUGGACCAUUUUAGACGGACUCUUGGUGUGUGAUAGAGACAGCACCAAGUCGGUGCUCACACUGCUGCUGUACGACAUUCUGGCACUCAAUGGCAGUCCCGUGAUGACCUCGAAGCUACAGGACCGACUCAAGUUGAUCCAAAAUGACGUCGUGGGGCCACGCAAGCAGCUGCCGUUGCCCAAAGGACAUCCGCCUGACAUGUUCCAGCUCGUGCUGCAGUCCAUGUACCCCAUUGAUCGGGUUGGGCAUGUUAUUCGUAGCAUCCUGCCACGAGUGUCCCAGACGAGACAGAAUGCAGGGUUGGUGUUUACGCCAGUGCUGCUGCCGUACACACCGGGACAUUCGAAGGGAUUGUUUCAUUGGACGCCAGCAGCAGUGCUAUUUGCAGACUUUCAGCUGGGUGUAGAGUGGCGAGGCCGCCCGCCAAAGCCUGGGUUUAAGUUGGUGAUCCAUGAUAAACGCACUCAGGUCUUCCAAGACUGGAUUACAUUCACACCAGAGGAUUUUGAAGCGUUCCGACAAGAUAAAAAAGCGUCCUCGCGCAUUGUAGAGUGUGUGUAUGAUCCAGAAUGGCUCACGUACAUCCCUUCGCAUGACAAAAGCACAUGGGAUGUUGGGAGCACGGAGUUUAGCGCUACUGAGCGUGGUGUUGGAUGGAGGAAAGGUGGCUGGAAAUUUGUUAGAUGUCGUCCGGAUCGUAGUAUGCCGCUCGAGCGCACUUUUCUUACGAUGAUUGAAAAAGCAGUUGGCGAAGAUAUUAAGCUCGACGAGAUUGAACGAUUCUUUCCCGACGAUCCAUCGAAAAAGUCCAUGUCGGUUCAGCAUCAAGGCCGGAAUGACACCGCUGCAACGCCUGAUGACUUAACCCCACCAAGCAAGAAAAAACGAAGCAGCAGUGGAGCUAGUGGAAGUCAAGCAACCGGUACUGGUGUCUGUUACGACUUCCAGAACAAGGGCAUGUGCCAGCGUGGCCGGUUCUGCCACUUUUCGCACUGUGCCUGCAACUCCACGUGCUCAUGCACGCUGACCAAGAAUACUUAUGGCCAACGACCAUCGUAUAGAAGAAAUGACUACGAUGCCCCGCCAUCUCCCGAAGCUUCGCCGUCGUCCAGCGCUGAUGCGUCCACGGUGCCAGAUAUCUCACCCUCCUUGCGGCACACAAACGGCGAUACUAGCUCAAAGACUGAGGGCCAUGCAGGAGAGGAAGGAGAAGCUGGUGAGCUUACUGACAAUAGUAAUGUGCAUGUCAACAGCAUUUUUGCACCUCUCGUAAUCUUUAAUAAGGAAACGAUUGCUGCUAAGCGCGCGCAGUUGACAGCGGCCGGGAAUCGCCGUAUCUGGGCCAGCCUUGGAAUCGAAGAUAAGCCGCAACGCGCACGUCCUUGUGGGUUGAUCGUAUCGAGGUCCGGUGAAGUGGCGUAUGUCCGUCCAUCGGAAAAGUAA